AUCACCAUCACCGGGGGAAGCGGUUGCGAAAAGAAACUCGACAGUAAAAAGCAAGAUUAGAACCAGCCCAUGCGUCAGGUACCUAACGUAGCGCCGGUACAUGGCAUGUACCUCUUUGUCGCUCAUCCUGCCCCUUCCCCCUCCAGCAGCACCUGCCCAGAUCCAACUCCAAUCCAGAUCCCAAGCCCAAACCCCAGAUCCAUGCCUCUCGCCCACAGCUUCCUAGGUACUCAGGUACCUGGGUAGACGCUCAGGCCAUGCCCUGCCGGGCCGUUUCUCAGCAAACACGAGCAUCAGACAAACACUAGCCUCGCCUUCUACCAUUUUUCCCGCCGCCCCCUUCCCAGCCCUUGACUGGACUGUCCCAGACACGCAACGCCAGAACACCAGGACGCCAUAUUCGGGCUCGAGGACCAGCGCAAGAGGGCAGAAACGGCCACAGCCGCAACCACGCCGGGUGCCAGGACAAGCACGGGGACAAGGGCGAUAUCACGCUCCAGACCAUGUCCUUCCCAGCCGGACACAGACAACUGCUGCUGCCUCUAUCUCCCCACGACCGCGACUCGGCUGCUCACCCACUGGCUACCUAGCCACCCCUAGGUAGGCACACGCUGGCUGCUUGCUUCGUUGCACCUUUCAUGAAACCGCACCGCAUCGCUCCCUCCCCCGCGCCCCCAAGUGGCCUGCCAUCACAGUCGCGUCAGCAACCCCCGGCGACGUGAUUCGCGCACUGCUGCUCCGCCGCUCCGCCUGGCCCGCCGCAGCAAUGCAUCACGACGUCGGCACGCACGGUGUCGACGCCCACCCACAACCCAGUCCCGCGGAGCCACAGGUACACGAGCCACAGGUCCACGAGCCGUCAACACGAGCCACCGGCCCCAUCGCUGCGCUUGCCAAUGGGGCCUCCGAUAUUGGCACCUCUGGCCCUGCACCCACCAUGCCAGCCGACAAUGAUGGCGCCGAAAAGGGGCAAACAAGUUUCUCGCCGGCUUCGCCAUCCACGCCCUCCAGUCUCGACUCAGGUUCCAAUCCUCGUCACUCGCUCGACCACCCUCAUCCCCUCCACCAGGAUCAAGAUAUCCUGUCCAGCCCCAGGCACGAGCUAGAGCUCAUCCCCGAGGACCGAUCCCUCGACGGCAUCGCCUCUCCCCCAACCGCCGCCUCGCCGCUGCACAUCAGCACAAACACCACCCCCAACGCCCUCCCUUUCUCCCCCUCAACCCGCACAUCUGGUGCAUCCACCCCCGAGACGGGCAUCAUACGGCCUGCAGUACGCCGUCCUGCCCCGAGCCACCCACUGCCACCCCGCCCGGCAUCGCCCUCCUCCCCCGUCGAGCCACCCCUGUCGCCCGUCAUCCGCAGUGCCUCCACGCACUCCGUCCUGCGCCACCCUGCACCCGACAACGUCGUCAACGCUCGGUCCGGCUCCUACACCGGCAACAUUGCUGCCCUCGAGGCCACCGCCGAGCGAUUUUCCAUGACGAGCAGCAUAGAGGACGCCAUCAGGAACGCCCACGAGGAGCUGAAGCGCAGCGACAGUCGUCGCUCGUCUAUUCUCGCUGCGAGCGUCAGGAGUGCCGGCGACUUCGGCGUCGACAGCCCCCCGGGCAUCGCCCCAGCGCCCUUGUUCGCGCGCCAGAGCUCCAUCGUCGGUCUGAACACCGAGGCGAGGUUGGGGGGUUACUCUCCCGCGGGAUACAUCAUGAGUCCCACCCAGUCACUCACCGGCCGUCUCAGGAGCGCGAGCAAGAGCAGCGGCGCGUUGUCAAGGGCGAACAGCACCAGGAGCAAGCCUGACACAAUCGACGGCGAGGCCUUUCCCAACCUGUCGGCCUCGUCAAUGACAAGGUCCGGUCCGGGCAAGGGCUCUGUGCGCAGCGUGCACAGUGUCCAGAGCAACCGCUCCGGCCCUCUGUCCCUCGCUGAGAUCGCCGAGAUGGAGCCCCCCUCCGCCUUGACCAUGGACGCGAUGGACGAAGCUGAUCGGACCAUUCCGAACCUACGAGACCUGGGGGACGACGAUGAUGCCAUACUCGCGAGGGCUCAUCAACAUGUGGAGCCAGACGCAACAGACAUUGAAAUCGCCGAGGAGGUGGACAGGCGGGACUCGAGGGACCUGGACAGGACUCCCAUGCUAGAUCACUCUGCGGAUUCAUACUGGGAUAGCCACGAGGAUGCGAAUUUCCAGCUCCGAAAUCCCCAGGAUCCCCCUUCGGCCCGGGUUAGGGACGAGUUCGAACAACCUCCGGCUGAGCAACGACCCGGCGGCAGCGAGUCGCCAGAUACCGAAGACGAGGACAACGCCUUCGCUGAUUUCGACGGAAUGCAUUGUGAUCCUGACACGGUGGCCGAGCAAUUCCCUGUACAGCCAGAUGAGGCUCAGUAUUCGCGGCCACGGCAGAGGCAGUCGCAGAUGCCAAGGGUGCGGCCGCAGUCGUACCUUGACCCGGAGACAGGCCAACAGAUGCUCUACUAUCCUGCGCGCGUCCCUGCCAUGCUGAAUCUGCCCCCGAAACUCGGGAAAGGGGUGAAAUCCACACAGCGCAACAUGCGGCGAAGCCAGGUGCUCAGUCAGAUGCCACAGGCAUCUCGGGAAAGCAGGGCUUGGCUGCCAGAUCCCCUGGAAGGCGAGGGUCCCAUAGACUUGAUGGGUGAAGACACAACGAACUUUGUCCACUCUGGCUCCCAGGGUCGGGGUCCCAAGGACACCCUCGUCGGCCCUGGAGAGUUGGAGCCCUCCCCCCGUGGACCAUCAGUAGAUGCCCCCGAAGUACAACCGCUGCGGCGUCCCGGCAAGCUGCGAGAAUCGGGCCAGCGCGGUUCUCGCAUGGACCUCUCAGAGCUUCCACCGCAGUUGCGUGCUAGCGUCUUUUUCGACAUGCCCGGCGAGAGCCCAAAGAUAGAAGUGAAGGAUGGGUCCGCCAUGAAGACGCUUGACAGCAUCCUAGAUGCAGCAGCGUCGGCGCCUGUCAACGCUUUCACAGACCAUGCCUUUGCUGGUCGUCUGGGACCUGAGGUCUAUGGGCUUGGCAACAGAACCAACCGCAAGAGCAGGAUGAUGUCGGCAGCCGAUGACGCGGGUGAGUGUGAACGCGGCCCUGUGGCCUCGAAGAGCACGGCGUCUCUCGCCGUGCCAGAGGCAGAGAAGCGGAAAUCUGUCUGGUCUCUACUGGCAGGGCGCAGCAAGUCCAAGAGCAGUGCCAAUCUCAUCGCCGACAGAGACGAAGACGCCCGCUCGAGGCUGUCUGGCUCAGGCCGUGGCGAGAGGGACUCAUCUCCCGAGGCCGAUGAGCGCUCAGCUUUGGCACCUGACGAGGAGAGAGAGGGCUCUGACUCCGAGGAGGAGCAAGUCUACACUGGUCCCCCCACGACUCUCUUGGCAGAGUUACAGCUGCGCAAACAGCAACACAAGAAUCGCACCCGCAACCCGCUAAACAACGCCAACGGCCUUCACAGCACGCUAUUGGAGCUUGACGCCGUUGCACAGAUCGAGGCUCGGUCUCGCAAGAACAAGAAGGUCAACCUUGCGUGGGCUGCCGAUCCGGACGAUCUGGAGGAAUCGGACGACGAAGAUGUGCCACUCGGCUUACUGGCAGCCAAGAAGCAGAUCGGGCCAAACGCCACCGAACGCGACCUGGCCGUGGCCGCUCAGGAGAUCAGCAGGCCCUUGGGCCUGAUGGAGAAACGUGACCUGGAGGACAACGAGCCCCUGUCUCGUCGGCGCGACAGGCUGCAGGGCAGGGAGGUUGCACCAAGCAUGUACCUCCAGCCGGGGGUGAACGGGACCAGAAUGACGCUGAUGCCGGGGACCCACAGCCCACGCCUCCUGCAGCCUACGAGCCCCGGCGCGUCCGGACCACACUCCCGAACUGCAAGCAUGGUAAGCCAGGGGCAGGCGGCGGAGGAAAUAGAGGGCGAGACUCUUGGUCAGCGGAUAAAGAGGCUUCGUGCCAAAGAAGAAGGCGAGAGCCCGCUUCCGAGUGCCAGGCCGGUCAGCACGGCAUUCUCGACUGAGCUACUUGGCGAGCUGGGAAUAGGCGGUGAGGAGGACGACAAAAUCGCACAGAACGUAGACAAGGGGAAGGGCAAGGAGCCCCAGGCACCACCAGCCGAGGAGGAAGAGACACUGGGUCAGCGCCGGCGGCGACUACAAGCGGAGCGCGAAGCCCGCGAGCAGGAGAUGGGAAUUCGAGCUGUGUCGGGUGACAGCCAAAGAGGUGCGGUCUCGAGCCGUCUAGACAUGGCGGACGUGCUCCGCGCGAACCCAAUGGAGGGCCCGCAAGGCAGGGUGGACCCCCGCGAAGCAGAACGACUCCGGAAGGAGGCCGAGGCCGCGCGCGUGGUACGCGAGCAAUCUGAAAAGAUGGCGGCAUUCCGAGCGCAGGUUCCGCACAGGCAGCGAGACCCUAGCGGCGGGGUUAUGAAAGCAGGCGGCUACCAAGGGGGCAGGUUCAACGACAGCAGCGGUGGCCACGGCCUGGUCGGUGUGCUCGGACAGCCCCAGGGCCACAACCUCAGGGCGAGCAUGAGCAUGGGCCAGCUUGGGCAGGGCGGGCAGGCCGUGAUGGCAGGCGGCAUGGGCGGCGCGCGCAUGGGGCCGCAGCGAAAUGCGACGAACCUAAUUGGUGCUGCUGGCAACUACGGCAACCCCAACGUCGGACCCGAUGGCAUGAACCCUGUCUUCUCGAAAGGCAACACCUUUGGGCGAGGGUACAACGGCGGUCUACUGCAGCAAGCGCAGUAUCAGGAACCCAACCCCUUUGUCAACGGCAGCCUACUCGCGUCAGGAGGGUACGGUGCCUUUGGUGGAGGGAUCGGACAGGCGGGUGGCUACGCGCACAACCAGACGGCGUACGGGGCAGGAGUUGGAUUGUCUGGCGGUCUGCACGGCGGCUAUGGGAUGCAGGCCGGCGCACCACUCAACAUGGGCCUGAACCCGCCGGGUCAUUCCGACCGUGUCGAGAGCUGGAGGCAAGGCAUCCGAUGAAGUGAGGUAGGGAUCUGGGCUAUCUAAUUGCCCCUGGCCGGCCAGCUACGGGGCUGGGCGGGGCUGGGAACGAAUACAGAGAGGUGGGAGGGGACAUUAGCAUCAACCGGCAUUACACGGGACGGCAAGUUACAAUAUGGGAUUACUACUCGGGACGGGAAUGCAUCUAUGUAUACGAGCGUUGGGACUUUGCAUUUGCGGCGGCGUCUGGGCCUCUCUGGCGAGAAAGGAUCGAGAAAGGACGGAGAUGGUCAGGGAGGGAGGGCCAACCCUGGCUGGGUCGUCGAGCUUGCGUACACAAGUGUAGGGCACAUACGCAUGUGGGUAUAUGCAUAUAUGUGUGUGUCCCGCUGCGCAUGUGCAUGACACAUCUAAUUCUUAAAAUUAUCACCAGAUAUAUCAACAAGCGCACGCCACUGGCGUUUCGAACCA